CUAACACACCCUAAAUGACACAAGUCAGCCUCUUUGCCAUUCUUCGCUCUCCAGCAACACAAACAGUAUCUCUCACUCACAACUUUGGAAACCAGCAAACGCUCUGAGCGGUCUGCAAAGCUUCCUGUCAUCCUAGUGAACACAGUUUAGAGUUUAACAAGGGCAGACUUCCUGUUACAUCUCCAGUAUCCUGAGUAUAAAAUUCACCAAUGGAUCUCCUGAUGACAAGUUCACAGCUGCUUUGAAAGCACCAGGAGUUUGUGACUGUAAAGUUCAGCCUGUAACUGAGACUCCAAGCCAUCUGGGAAUUUUUUUUCUUUAAUUCAACUGUAACUUCUUCCUAAGGAGGGAUGGGGAAUUCUGAACAAAACAGCACUCCAUUGGUGCUGGGCCUUUUAUUCCUCCUAUUAGUCCUCCUUGUUGUGCUCUUUGUACUGUACAAGAAGCUGAACAGGGAGGCUAAAGGGGAAUAUACAGUCCGACGCAUCGUCUACAAGGAAGGAGGUCUCAGGGACCGGGCGAGAAGUGCAGCGUUAGCUGUGGGGGCACGUCUUGGGGUCCAGCUGUGGCCUGGAAGUGAUGAAGAAGAGGAAGGGGAGGAAAUGCAGGAAGUCCAAGAUGAAGAAGAACAGGUGGAUAGUGGUGGUAGUCAGGAGAGUGACACAGAGGGAGAUGAAGAAGAGGAGGACAACGACACGGACCGGUCUGGUAAUGCUAAGGAGAAAGAAAGUAAUACUUCAAAUGAUAACUCAAGUAUUGGGAGUUCAGAGGCAGGAGAGCAAACCAAACUUAACGAUGAGUCUGAGCCAGAGGGAGAGACGGAGGAUAAAAGUGAAGAAAAGGAGGAGAAAGUGGGAGAAGAGCAGAGUAAAGCUGAGGCAAGUGGAGGGCCGGGAUUGCUGAUAGAUCUAAAGCAGUUCUCUGGAAGUGCGAUCUGGUCUGAAGAAGGUGGUGAGGGUAAAGGUGACGUGACGGCGUUGUGAGAAUCACAAAUAAUGAAUAAGACUGAGGAAACUGCCAAAAUCAGGAUUUCACAAACACCAGCUUCAUCCCCUAAAUGUCUCCCCACUGCAAAUUCCUUCUAUUAGUCUAAAAAAAUUAAAUUAAAUAAAAGAUACAUGCACCCACCCAUUAAACCCAAAGAGCUUUAAACUCUCAUGACCUCACCGACCUUGCUUUCCUCUGGUCAAAUUGUUUUGAUGAAUAAAGCAGUUAUAUAAACAUACAGGGGUGCUCUAGAUUGUAACUGUAAAGUGUAAAAAAACAAUACUUGUUUAUACUUUUUUGCUUUAAAUGUUUAUUUUAAUCUACAUAAGAAAUUGAAAAC